AUGUUUCUGAAUCCGUAUGCACAAAGGUUGGCUGUUCGGCGUCUUCAGCCAACCAGCGGAGCGUCUGGGGGUCCAUUUGAAGACAAUACCAUGGGGCUAUUGGUUCGCUCAACAGCAACGAAAUGGCAACGCGACUCAGUAGUUGCAGUCGAUGCCGGUACCUUUUUAAGUGGAAUAAGGUCUACUCUGGAAGAUAAUCUUCACUUUUCACCAUUUUCCGGUGUCGAUUUUCCUUCCGACAACCACAGCGCGAACGCAGCGCACAUUUUGCGAGAGAUUAUUGGACGCAUUCUAAUCACGCACCCUCACUUUGACCAUAUCUCGGGGCUUGUUAUAAACUCUGCAAUUCUAGAGCUCUCCAGAGGCCCCAAACCUGUGGCUGCUUUACCAUCGGUUAUCGAUGCUUUGAAAACCCACGUGUUCAACGGAGUAUUGUGGCCCAAUCUUACUAAUGAGAAUAAUGGAGCAGGCCUCAUUGCCUUACAACGCCUGUCUGACAGCGGUAGUUCGUCCAAAGGCCAUGAUGAUGAGAAUGAUUACGUCGAGAUCUGUGCUGGAUUAACGGCUCGAUGUUUUGCUGUUAGCCAUGGAAGGUGCAAGCCCGACAUGCGCCGUCAUUCGCUGUUGGAAAAGGAAUCGCCAGCUCCAGCAUCGGGUUUGCAAUCAACGUUCACUUCCGAGAAAAUUACUCCAGCACCCUCUCCUAGACACGGGGAUGGCUCUGCGACGGUUGGCAGCUCUGCGUUUUUCAUUCGCGAGAACAAGUCAGGGAAAGAAAUCAUCAUUUUUGGUGACGUUGAGCCAGACACGGUUUCACUUGAACCGCGUAACCAACGUGUGUGGUCGUCGGCCGCACCGAAAUUUGUGUCCGGCAAUUUGCGUGCUAUUUUCAUCGAGUGCUCACUUGAUGAUUCAGUUCCUGACGAGGCCUUAUACGGCCAUCUUUGCCCACGACACUUGGUGGCAGAGUUAAAGGUCUUGGCCAACUAUGUCGAGAAUGAGAAAUCCAGACCAGAACGGAAACGUAAACGCUCGGAGAGCGAUGGGAGUUCAGAAGGAUUCUUGAUGGCAUCACCAUCCACCUCAAACAAUGAAUCAACUGAAACGAAGACCAGUGGGACUCAUUUACAGGCUACGCGGGCUGCGGCGAUUCUUCCCAAGCCGCCUUCUCCGCCAGCAGAAGAAAACCCUUUGAAAGGCCUGACAGUCCAUAUCAUCCAUGUGAAGGAUGAUAUGCAACAUUCGGUCUAUACACAGCUACGGAUCCUAAGUCAAAUACGGCAGGCCGCCAAGAGAGCAAACUUGGGAUGCGACUUUAGGAUGGCCCAGGGCGGUGGUACGAGCAUUCUGAUAUAA